GUGUUGGACUGAUAGUGAGCUGUGGCCAGUCUCCCAUGGAAGGAGUCCCGCUGAAGAUUCUCGAUCCCUCGGUUUGUGAUUUUGUUUGCGUUCAUUAUUAAUACAAUUUUGAAAGAAGACACUGUUGAUUAUUGACUCACGUCGGUGUAACAUCGAUGCUCUGAUUGGCAGCUCGAGUGAAUUUUCUUCAGUGAAUUGCAUUGUGGAAGUUAUCUGUGUCUUGUGAGGAUGUGCAGUGUUUGGUGAAUCCUGUUUUUUUGGAUAAUCUCUUGACUUCAGACUGAUUGUCAAUGGACGAAAACACCGCCUUGGUCCUGGCCUUACAAUUGGUGGCGCUUUUCUCGAUAGCCGGUGCUCUCUUACUAUACCUUCUCUGCAAAAUACGGGGCAGCGGUAGUGAUCUUUCGGAUGGUAGUACUCCAGGUGCUGGCAAACCGGUAUUAGUGACCUCGGCGGACAAUGCGAUUGGAUUACAGAUUGCCAUUCAUUUGGCCACAAGAGGAUUCAGAGUAUUCGCCGGAUUGAAAGACGGAGCUGCGUCUGGUUCUUCCGAAGACUCGACCUCUGCCAAAGUCAUUCGUGCUUGGCAAAAACAUAGAGAGAGUGUUCAAGGUCAAGGAGUUCUGAUCGCCCUCCCUCUGGACGUUACAAGGGAAGAUCUUCUUCAUGAAGCUGUUGACAUCAUCAGAGCUCACUUGCCAGCAGGAGAAGACGGUAUGUGGGCUGUUAUCAACACCAACGGACUAUCCUACCGAGGCCGUUUAGAUCAGCAGGACAUCGCUCACUGGGACGCUAUGCUGAAAACAAAUGUCGUUGGUAUCCUCCGCACAGCAAGAAAAUUCCAGAGUUUGUUACGCAACGCAGGCGGACGAAUAGUAACGGUGGGAGCAACAGAGAACUUGGGCGCCGGUCUGGUGGCCUACGUGGCCAGUAGGUACGCAGUGGAAGGAGCUAGUAAGGCCCUCAGGCAGGAAUUGUCCCAAGUAGGCGUGAAAGUAGUUACCAUUAAUCCGCAAGGAAUCAUGCCGGAGUUAUUGUUUUCCGCACCUAAAAUUAACAGUCAACAAGAUCAGCAAGAAACUUCCGUGGAAAUAACCGGCUGUAUGGAUUACCAACCAGUGGUGUUAUCUAAGAGAGCCUUGGACAUUCUAGACAUAGCCAUAACUACCAGAAAUCCAAAACCGAAUUACAGUUUGGAGGAGAAGUUGUGGUGCAAACCUUUUGAAAUCUUCAAAAUUGUUUAGAACCUACUAUAUAUUUUUUUAUAAAAUCUAAGGACUGAUUGUAUAUGUGAAUAAUCGCGUGUAAUAUAGCUUAUUUUUUGUUACCACUAGAAGUUAUGAUUAUAUUUGAGAAAUAUGCGGAAAUUCAACUGAAAAAACUA